GUACAGUUGGGUGGGUGCCUUGGCAGCUAUAAACUUUCUAUUUCCCGGACAGGGACCUGGUAUAUGGUACCAGUGUCAAGCCUUACCCCCGCUCUUUAUUCCUCCGAACCUCCCUUCCACCCGCUCACUAACUCGCAGAAACAUUUGUGGUCUGGAAAAGAUGGAUGACAACGGAAUUGAGAGCCUUUUUGUUCCCAUCCUAGCGGGGCCGAAGGAUGAUGAGUAUGGGAAGAAUAGGACAGUUACUAGACCUUUGUUUUUCGACCGGGUGAAUGAGGGGUUCUCAAUUACAUCCACUACACCAUUGUUCCAGCUCCCAAUUGAGCUGCUGAAUGACAUCACGACCUACCUGGGGGCCGAUGAUCUUAAAUCGCUGGCACUGGUGGAUCGUGAUUGCAGGCAGCUGGCUAGGUCGGUCCAAUUCUCUACAGUAACUUUGGAUUACAGUUUCCCAAAACACUCGCUUAUAGCGGCCCUACACGAGGAGGCCCAGGAGCGCUCGGUCAACAACGGCUGUCUACCGCAGCCUUCAAUCGGAGCUUGCGUCCGCCGCCUUAUUGUAGCAACAGAGCCCCGGCACCUCUCAGAAGCGCAUAAUGUCGUCGAACGGCCUGAUUUGGUGGAUCUCCGUGAAGCUUCGGACAGGUACUUUAGUGUUUACACUGUGCAAAUUGCAUCAGCUAUCGCUAGUGCCCUGCCGAACCUCGAGGAAUUGAGUCUUCAGGAUAGAGCUGUUGCACCGGAGCAUCUGCUUGGGGCUAUUCCGGCAUCGCCAAUCCGGACUUUGAAGCUGGGCAAAAUUUCCCUAGCGGUUGAUGACCCCAUCUCCAUCCCUCUAGUAGGCACGAGGUGGGGCGUGGAAUCUUUGGAACUGGAGGUUAUUCGUGAUCUGUGCUCCCCGUCAUCUCGGUGCACUGCGAAUUUUUGUAAGAGUGUUCUAGAAGCUACGUCCAAGAAUCUAGAGAGGCUAGUCUGGCGCGGGCACUUUGGAGACCAGCAAAGUUUUGGGCGAUCCAUCAGCUUUCCAAAACUGCGAACGUUGUCCUUGAGUUUGAUAAGCGUAUCCGACGACACAGUCCUGAGCUCCUUUUUCCCCUCCGGUGACACUUCUACCCUCCGGGCGCUAAGCAUCGACACCCGAACUGAACGCGUCCGUGCCUUCCUCCCCACCAUCGGCCAGAUAAAAUCACUACAAUCGCUCCAUUGCCACACCUUCUCUAUCCCCAAAGACCCAGACGUCUCCUUCAUUGCUUCGAACCCCCAAUUAAAAUUUCUCGCACUCUCCCCGUACACAAAUGAGUACCUAACUACAACCCUACUUCCAACCCUCACAAACUUCACGUCCCUAAACUCCCUCUCCCUAAUAUUCGGAUGUUCAUAUAUCGACCUCUCUGCAUUAUCUUACAUCAGCAAGAUAAGAUCUCUAACCCAGCUCUGGCUCAGCGCGGGCAAACAAAGCGGUUGGGCGGUCGAUUGGGAAAUUGACCAUGACGCAAUACUCGCUACACUCUCCCCGCUCCAAGGAUUGCGAAGAAUAGCAUUUACAAGAGAUACGUAUAGAUCGAAAGAUGGAGUUCCGCCAAUCGAGUAUUAUUACGAAUACCGGAUAUUGCCAACGGAGAUCUCUCCGCCAGGGUUAAGCGAAGCUGGUCUCGACGUGGUAUGGGAGGCGUGGCAUAGAAAUAGGAUGGUUGAUGUUGCUAAGAGAUAUUUUGGCACCUUCAAGCGGCUGAAGUGGUUACUUGUCGGGGGGUAUCCGAUGGGGGUGAUGGAUGGGGAGCCAGUUGUAGAAAGUGGGUCUAGAGAUGGGUGUGAAGGGGUACUGCGAGAGUGGUGGGGAUUGGACUUGUAG